AUGGGACCUAAAAGUAAAUCCAACGCCGUAGAGUCGGCGCUGUCGAAGCUGAGAAAAGAAAGAGAAGGAAAGUCCACAAUUUUGGACGAAUACGAGAAUGAUAAAAUAUACACAUUAACGAGAUUCAAGGUUGAGGAUGAAAAUGAUCAACUGUACGAAAUCAUAACAGAAGAGGAGUUUAACGAGCGGAAUAAAAAAAGAAAAUUGGAAGAUUUUAUAGAAGGAGAAGGAUACAGCGACGAGGAGUUCGACGACUUCGAAGAUGACCUGGAAAUACUGGAGGAGAACGUGGAGAGGACACAGAAAAGAAGCGCGAAGAUGAUGCCGGGAAAAUCGAUACCACAGCACUUUAUAGAAAUGGCGGCACAGGAAACGACGUAUCAGCCGCCGAAGCAGCAGGAAACGGACAAGGAGCUGAUAGAGAAGCUGAGCAAGUUCGAGGACGAGCUGGACAACGAGUCGACGUCAUUCACCGGGAGUCAGAUGCUCGCGAGUCAGUUCGCAGGGCCGCAGAUGUUCAGCAUGCCCUCGUACCUGAGUGAGAGUCUGAUGCAGCUGAGCACAGAGACGCACCGCUCGUACAGCCCGGAGAUAGCGCAGAGCAAAAUAGACAAGGAGUUCAUGAACGAGCUGUUGGAAGAAAACAACCUCCAGAUUGCCCAGAAUAUUGAUACUUUGAGCGAGAAUGGACUGGAUCCAUCGAUAGCAGAGAGUUUCAGAGAGGUGGAUGGACUGAAUGAAGUCGCCUCAGGAGAAUUGCCGCAAGAGGGAGAGCAAGAUGUUGAAUUUGAUGAAAAAACAGGAGAAGACCUGGCGUUUUAUUUGCUGGACCUGUGUGAAGGACCUAACGGACAUUUGCACCUAUUUGGAAGAAUGAAAACGACAGGAGUUGAGACGGAAACGUGCAUGAUCACAGUUAAAAAUAUGAUGAGAAAUCUGUUCUUUAAGCCGAGAAUGGAUUUAGCAUUCAACGAAACAGGAGAACUGAUAAAUAGCACGAGAGAAACAUCGUCUACCGAUUACGAAGGGAUCAUAAAGAAAGGAAGUGAACUAUACGAGAGAUAUUUAAUGAUGAAUUUCUUUAAGGAGAUGGAAACAAUAAGGAAAAAUUAUGGAAUUAAGAAGAUUAAGUAUAAAUUGGUAAAAAGGUCACUGUUGACGUACGGGCCAACGAAUGAGGAGCUGUACAUAAAGGUGUGUUAUCCGUACCAGUCGCCGCAAAUAGAGAAGAGGCACUACUGCGGGACGUACUACGAGGACAUCUACAACAUCAACGCAACACAAAUAGAGUUAUUCCUGCUUAAAAGGAAAAUUAAGGGGCCAAAUUGGUUAAGAAUAAAUAACUUUAGAAAGACAAAUGAUGCACAAUCGUACUGUAAAAUAGAGUUGGAAAUCGAUUCAUACAAAGACGUGCAACUAUGGCACACAAAAGAUAGUGAGAUCUUGCCAGUGCCAAAGCUGAAGAUACUGUCAGUGUCGAUCAAGACAAUAUUUAACGUGCCAACACAGCAAGAGAUAUUCAUGAUAUGUUGCAUCUACAACAAGUAUAACAUCGACGACAACGAAAUUAAGGAGAACAAUAGUCAGUUUAUCGGAGUGAGGAAGGCGCAAGGAUGCCAAUGGCCGAGCGAGUUGAAAGCAUUCCUGGAAAAAAGACCGUACUUUAGAAUAUUUGAACAGGAAAGAGGAUUGCUGGCAAAUUUCAUGUUUCUGCUACAGCAAACGGAUCCGGAUAUCAUAGUCGGCCACGAUAUAAACAAUUCGACAAUUGACCUACUGGUGAAGAGGUGUAACACGUUGAACAUACCGCUGAGGAUAUCACUGUCGAGACUGAGGCUGCAGAAGAGGUCGAAUCAGCCAUAUCUGCACGGAAGGCUGUUCUGCGACACAAGGCUGUUGAUAAGAGAGUCGCACCCGUCGAGAGAAAACUAUAACCUAAUAAGCUGCGUAAGCGAGUUCCUGAACGUGAAGAACAUCAGCGACAUUAACUACUACAGCAGAAACUCGUUCAACGUUAACGAGAUCAAAAAGUUGUUCAGCCAGGACGUUGAGGCGAUAAAGCACCUGCUGAAGCUGACCCAGUGCAAUCUGCUGUCAGCAAUACACACGCUGCAGUUGCUGUUCAAGCUGCAAAUACUGCCACUGACCAAGGAACUGACGACGACAGCUGGGAAUACGUGGUCAAGGAGUUUACAGUGUGCAAGGUCGGAAAGAAUAGAUUAUCUGCUGAUGCACGAGUUUUAUCAUAACAAGUACAUACUGGAUCAUAUAUUUGAAAAGAAUGCGUACAAGGAUAACUACCAAGAUGAUGAUAAGAAUGAAGGGAAAAAGGGCAAUAGCUACGAAGGAGGAUUGGUGUUCGAGCCGAGAUCAGGACUCUAUGAUAACUUUAUACUGCUGCUGGACUUCAACUCGCUGUACCCAUCGAUAAUACAAGAGUACAACAUAUGUUUCACGACGACGUACGUGAAGACUGAGUACGGAAAUGAAGGAAAUCAGAGGGAAUUGAAUGAAAAUGAAGGAGAAGAUGGGGGAAACAGUAGGGAAAGUGAAGUGGUAAUAUUGGACGAGGUGGGGAUCCUGCCCUCAGUGCUGAAGAGACUGGUGGAGCUGAGAAUUAAAAUAAAGAAGGCAAUAGGGACGGAGACAAAUGAGCUGAGGAAGUCGCAGCUGAAAACGAGGCAGCUGGCGCUGAAGCUUAUUGCAAACUCAAUCUACGGCUGCAUAGGAAGCACGUACUCGAGGUUCCACUGCAAGUACAUAGCCUCGUACAUCACGCAGCAGGGGCGUAACCUUUUGAAAAGCACCAAGGAGAAGGUGGAAAACGUGUUCAACCUGAACGUGAUAUACGGAGACACGGAUUCGCUGAUGAUCAACACGAACAUAAGGGACGACGGGAACGCAACAAACUAUAACGCGGCGAAUCAAAUUGCGGUGAACCUGGUGAACUUCAUCAACAAGUCGCACAAGAAGCUGGAAAUAGGAAUAGACGGCGUGUUCAACAGGCUGCUCUUGCUGAAAAAGAAGAAAUACGCGUCCCUCAAAGUAGGAAACGUCGUCGAUUAUGAAAACAACGUAUUCCACAGGGAGAUUAAGGGUUUGGACUUUAUUAGAAGAGACUGGUCACUGUUGACGAAGGAGGUAGGAAAUCAGCUGCUGAAGAUCAUAUUGAAUUCGAACUAUUAUAACGGAGUGGAUGGAAUCGUGCAAGAAAUACACUCGACUCUGCAGAACAUAAACCAGCAAUUGAAUGAUCAGUCCAUUGAACUGACAAAAUACUUGAUAACGAAGCAGCUGACUAAAAAUCCGAAGGAGUACAGUGAUAUUCAGAACCUUCCGCACGUGUCAGUGGCGCUGAGACUGAACGAGAAGGGAAUAACAAACUACACAGCAGGACACGAAGUGUCAUACAUCGUGUGCACGAAGGAGUCGUCGAAAGCGUACCAUGAAAGCACGAAUAAGGAGAAAGAAGAAGAGGAAAGCAAAUACGGAAAGGAGUCUACCAAGGAAAAGAAAGGUGCAUCGAGAGUAGAUAACCUGAGUCAGAGAGCGUUCAACAUCAACGAAGUCAAGGAGCACAACCUGGAAGUGGACAUACACUACUAUAAGACGCAGCAGUUGCUGCCGCCAAUAAUAAGACUGUGCAGCAUCAUAGAGGGAACGGACGCACAGAGGCUGUCGAAGUGCCUGCAAGUAGAGACGCUGUACGGAGCAACGACAGGAACGAGCGACUACAGUUACGACCAGGAGUGCAAAGUGCUGUCAUUAAUAAAGAGGUCACAGGAAAACUACAAGGAAGUAAGUUGUGAAGCCAGUUAUAUAGCACGAGAGUGGCCAUGUAAUGUACGCAACUGCACACAACUACGAUUAGGUGGAGAUGAAUACGAAGCUGGUAUGUCAGCAGUGCAACGGCUUCAUACUGCCGAGUUUCUUCCUCAAGACAGAGCACUGUAUGAAAUAACACUGCAGUCGUCAUUCUGCAUAAGAGUGUGCAACAUAUGCAACGUAACGACGCUGAACGUGUCGCUGGGCAACAUUGACAGAUGCCCACAGCCAACGUGUCAGUCGAACGACUCGAUGCAGAGCGUAUUGUCGUCGAACAAAGUUUACUUGUAUUACGACUACCUGGUGUACAUGUUAGAAGGGAAGCUGAACGACCCAACGAAUGACCCUGAAGAUAAUAUGAACAGCAGAUUGACGAAUGGGAAAACAGGAGUGACAAACGGGCAAAAGAGUGAAAUGAGCACUCUGGUAAACGUAGUAAUAGACUACAACGGAAAGAUGACAGUGCUGAACGAUGAGCCUCCGAAGGAGCCGAAAACGCUGGAUGAAAUAAUAGAGCAGAUAGCGGAGGAAAACACACUCAAAGCAACGUCGGGAUUGAGGCUGUGUGCAGAACACAUCCUGGGAGUGAUGGAGUCAAUGCCGUUUCUGAAGUACUACACCCUGGACUACCAGAAGGAAAGAGAGAUACUGUGCAACAGAGUGAAGACCUUGCAGCAAAAAAACGCGUACAGCAUAGUAAACCUGUCGGAUUUAUUCAAAAUAUUCAAAAUGGAAAACAGGAAUCUCCCCCAUACGAACUAA